UCUCCUCUCCCUCCCACCUCCACCUGCUACUCUCUCUGCUCCCUUUCACACUCUGCCAUACUCCCACCGCACUAGCUAGCUCGCCAGAAGCCAACGAGGUGGAAGAGAGAGAGAGAGGUAGGGUGGAGGUGGGCAGCGGCCACUUGCCGCUUUCCGAGCUGUCUGUCUGUACCCCAUGAGACCACCGCCGGUUGCUCCGUGCCAAGAACUGGGGGCGGCGGUGGUGGUGGUGGGUUCUUGUUAGCGCCAAGAUCUCGCUGUGCGCGCGCCGCGGCGGGGGGGCGGCGGCGGCGGCCAUGGGCCGUGGUGGUAGUGAGCGGUGGGUGUUCUUGGCUGUGGCGGCGGUGGCGGCAUGGAGCGCGGCGGCGCAGGAGCCGAACACGGACGACUACUUCGUGUCGAGGUUCUUCGCCAAGAUGGGGCGCGCGGCGCCGGCGUCGGGGACGGCGGUGUGCGGGUGGCCCGGGGUGCGGUGCGACGGGGAGGGGAGGGUGGUGGAGUUCGCGGCCGCCGGGAUGGGGCUGGAGGGCGCCAUCCCGGAGGACACCGUCGGGAAGCUGGCGCGGCUGCGGUCGCUGGACCUCAGCGGCAACCGCCUCGCCGCGCUCCCCAACGACCUGUGGGAGGUGGGCGCGUCGCUGCUGGUGCUCAACCUCUCGCGCAACGCCAUCCGCGGCGACCUCCCCAACAACGUCGUCAACUUCGCCAGCCUCCGGGUGCUCGACGUCUCCCACAACGGCUUCUCCGGCACGCUGCCGCCGGCGCUCGGCUCCCUCGCCGCCCUGGAGGUGCUCAACGCCAGCCACAACCAGCUACAGGGCCGGCUCCCGGCCGAUUUCAUCACCGGCUGCACCAACCUCACGUCCAUGGAUCUCUCCGGCAAUGCGCUGGACGGCGACUUGCCGGACCUCUCGCCGUUCCGGUCGCUGUCCUACCUCAACCUGUCCGGGAACCAGCUCCGGGGCUCCCUCGUCGGAGCGUUCCACGAGCAGCUGAGGGUGGUAGACCUCAGCAAGAACAGCUUGUCCGGACAAAAUUUUAGCAGUGGAUAUAGGGGCUCAUCUUUGACAUACCUCGAUUUAUCCAGCAAUGAGCUUGUUGGGGAAUUCACUGUUGCCAACCGGUUUCGGAACCUGAAGCAUUUGAAUCUUGCAUUCAACCAGUUGUCCAUGGCAAAUUUGCUCAUGUCCAUAAGUGGGAUCUCUGGAUUGGAGUCUGUCAAUUUGUCAAGCACCGGGUUGCAUGGGCAAAUUCCUAGGGAGUUGUCUUCCCAAUUGGUUGGAUUGAAGGUGCUUGAUUUGUCGCGGAAUAAUAUCAGCGGAUUCGUGCCAGACUUGAGUGCACUCCGCCUGCAGGUGCUGGACUUGUCAGUGAACAACCUCACUGGUGAGAUCCCUGUCGCAUUGGUGAAGAAGUUGGUGUCCAUGGAGCGCUUCAACUUCUCGUACAACAACCUCACCGUUUGCGCCUCGGAGCUCUCUCCCGAGGCGUUUGCGGCUGCCUUUGCUAGGUCCAGGAAUGAUUGCCCAAUUGCUGUCAAUCCGGACCGUAUCCAGAGAAGUGGGGGCAAACGCAAGGGGAUGAAGUUGGCGUUGGCCAUUGUGCUCUCGCUCUUCUUCUCAGUUUUUGGGCUUCUUUGCGUGGCGGUUGCAUGUCGGAGGCGGAGGAAGAGGGGUGAUGUAUUGCCUGCUGUCAAGCAGGUUUCGUUCAAGGAGGAGCCAGGGAUUUCAGGCCCAUUUGCAUUCCAGACUGACUCAACAACAUGGGUUGCUGAUGUGAAGGUUGCAACAUCUGUCCCGGUUGUCAUCUUUGAGAAGCCCUUGCUGAGUUUCACAUUCGCUGAUCUCUUGGCAGCGACAUCAAAUUUUGAUAGGGGAACUCUGCUGGCAGAGGGGAGAUUUGGGCCGGUGUAUCGGGGUUUUCUCCCUGGUGGAAUUCAGGUUGCUGUGAAGGUGUUGGUCCAUGGUUCAGCAAUGGCUGACCAAGAUGCUGCAAGAGAGCUUGAGCGUCUGGGACGGAUCAAACAUUCUAAUUUGGUUCCUUUAACCGGUUACUGUUUAGCGGGUGAUCAGAGAAUCGCCAUCUAUGAGUACAUGGAGAAUGGCAAUUUGCACAACUUACUUCAUGACUUGCCUCUAGGAGUUCAAACCACUGAGGAUUGGAGUACCGACACAUGGGAAGACCACAAUGGCAAUGUUGCCACUGAAAACAUCACACCGGAGGGUACUGCGACAUGGAUGUUCCGGCACAAGAUUGCGUUAGGCGCCGCGAGGGCACUGGCAUUCCUCCACCAUGGUUGCAUCCCGCAGAUCGUUCACCGCGACGUGAAGGCAAGCAGCAUCUAUUUCGACUGUGCAAUGGAGCCUAGGCUGUCCGAUUUUGGGCUGUCGAUGAUCGCCGGGACCAGCACGGACGACAACCUGCUGCACCAUUCCCCCGGCUACGCCCCGCCGGAGUUCUCCGACUCGGAGAACGCCAUGGCGACGGCCAAGUCCGACGUCUACAGUUUCGGUGUCGUGCUGUUUGAGCUGGUCACCGGCAAGAAGCCGCUGGGUGAUGUGUACCCUGACCAGAAGGAAGCCAGCCUGGUGAACUGGGCCAGGGCAAUGGUGAAGGCGAACCUCGGAUCGAGCAUCAUCGAUCCGAAGAUCCGCGACACCGGGCUGGAGAGGCAGAUGGAGGAGGCGCUGAGGAUCGCCUACCUCUGCACUGCCGAGCUGCCAUCCAAGAGGCCAGCCAUGCAGCAGAUCGUUGGCCUGCUCAAGGACAUUGAGCCCAAGGUAGCCGAGCAGGAAUGAAAGUGAUUACUGGUAGUGUUUUGGGUAUUGAAAAGCAAGUGUAGGCAGUGAGCUUCUUAGUUGUUUUGGCAUAGUGGAGCUCACUGCAGUGCCAUGCCCUGCUCCUCUGCUGGGAUAUAUCUUUUUUUUUUCCUUUGCUUUUUUCUCUCUUUUUCUUUUUUAUUCUUCCACUUGUUGAGAUGUUGCAAUACAGCUUGCUACACCUGCUCCUUACUAACAAUGUUACUCCCAUUGAGAGUUAUGACACAUGGAAGCUCUCUC